AUGAAAAAACGUAUUGGUUCCACUGUAAUCUUAGAUGAACCACUUGAAUGGUCCGACGAUAGCAGUCUAGCGGUGUUUGCGGACGCCAUUGAUGCCGAGGAGGCCACCGACACCGAAAGUUCUACGGCACGGUCAAGGCGUAAAUUCGUGAACCGCAACCGUUGGGCUGCUUCAGAAAGGUUGCAUCGCGACUACUUUUGUGAAAAGCCCAAAUACGACGAAGAGUUUUUUGAAGAUAGGUAUCGUAUGCCUAAGCAUUUGUUCUUAAAGAUCCUCGUAACCGGCAAUCCACCAGAUGAGUACGACGAGUAUUUAGAGAUGGAGCAAAGAACAUCACGUGAAUGCCUUCAAUACUUUUGUGACGCUAUUGUUCAGACAUAUAGCAGCGAAUACCUGCGUAGACCAACAACCCAUGAUAUCCUCCGUUUGUUUGAAGCACAAGAAAAGAGACAUCACUUGCCUGGGAUGUUUGGUAGUCUAGAUUGUACACAUCUUGCUUAG